GGAGGAUAUGGACCAGGAAAGAGCACAGGAGGAGGAGGAGGAACUGAAGCUAAAGGAGGAGGAAGGCGAGGGGGAGGAGAAGAAGAGGGUUAAGGAGCAGGAGCCGCUAACGGAGCAGCAGGAGUUGGAGGAGCUGAGGUCCCAGGUGCUACAGUUGCUCCUGGAGCUGGAUGAGGCCAGGGAGACCUCAAACAAACACCAGGAGAGCUUCCACGAGAUGCAAGGUCUGUUGGAGGAUGAGCGCCUGGCCAGUGCACACCAGGCAGAGGCCUUUACACGCCAGAUUCAGAAUCUCCAAGCCCAGUUGCGUUCAGUGCAGGAGGAGAUGUACAGCCUGGAGGAGGAGAAGGAGAGUGAGCUGGCCGAGGCUCAGGAGGAGUUGCGCAUGGCCCAGGAGGCGGUGGUGCUCCUCCAACAGGCUGCGGAGGAGGCAGCGGCAGAGCGGGAGAACGACAUCGCCUCCCUGCAGGAGGAGCUGUGCCGCCUGCGGGCCGAGCUGCAGCGGCUCAGCGAGGAGGCGCAGGAAUAUGAGCUGGAAAUUACCACCCUGAGGGCGGAGAUCAGCAUGAAGAGCCAGCGCAGGGAGGCUGAGAGGAGAGAGGGUGACAUGGGCUCGCUGAAGGAUGAGUGCCUUGGGCUCCAGCAGGAGUGCCAGGCCCUGAAAGAGGACAACAUACGUCUCUCUGAGAGGCUGCAGCUGCUGCAGAGACAGAGGACAGGUUCCAACAGUGCGUACUUGUCGCUGAGAGAGGAGGAUGUCGGGGAAGGCACAGAAGGGAAAGAGAUGGAGACAGGCUUGGAAGAAACCAUGACAGAGAGCUAUAUGACCAUGGCCCAGUCGGAGACCACCAACUGCCGCCUGGUGGAUGCCUCCAUUCAGAAGAACAUCUCCUUUGACGGGAAACCCAUUACUCCAACCAGCUGGAAUGGAGGCUUUGGGGAGAUCUACUCCCUGAGGGACCAGCUCAAACAGGCAGAGGAGAAAGCCAUGCAGGUCCAAAAAGAGUGUGAAGGCCUGAAGGCGGAGCUCCAUGAGCUGCAGCUGCUGUUCGACAGCAGCCAGAAGGAGCGGGAGGAGCUGGAGGAGGAGCUACAGCGCUGCAAGGCCGAGCUGGAAAAGCUCUCCGGGGGGACACAGAGCUUCAUCCAUCCGUCUGAGCACCCUGUUCUCUCCAUCCCCUUCAUAGGAAUGAUUGUAAUAGUGGCUGUGGUUUGGUGCUGGUUGUCGGAGCUGGCGUCCCAGAGAGCAAGGGGGAUGAGGUAGGUUGGAACCGCUUUGUGACCGUCGCCGCAGCCACAGCGGCGGUGCUGAUGACGGCCGGCCUGUUGAGAGCUCUCGCCCGUUGUUAGCUAGAUGGGCAACAUCUGCACGCUGACAGACGUCUGCCUCACAUCAUCCUUUACUCACUCCUGCCGUGUUUAUACUAUAGAUCGAACUGAAAACGUGUUAGCAGACACCUUCCCUCACACAGACCACUAGGGCGACUCGGGGGUGGACGUGGAAACGCCGUUGGAAACGAGACAGAGCGUCGCGAUGGAGGAAAUGAACGAGGAGGCCCGUCUCCCGUGACGAAUGGCGAAGACACGGGCGAUGAGGGGUCCGCUGAGCUGCAGACAAGCUGCAGGAAACUCCCUCCACUUUCCAACAACCCAUCCAUCCUUCGUGUCUCCCUGGACGUUAUUUUCCUUUCUUCUCUAGAUGACGAUGGCAUCAGAUGGAGUUUCUAACAAUGAAUGUCUCGUGGUUAUCGAUGUAUUUGACAGUUAUUUAUUUAUUUGUUCUAAUGUCCUUUGUUGUUGUCAGAUUAUGAUGAGUAAUGUAGGUUGUACACAUUUAAUGCACUGAAUGGUUAUUGUACAUGAGCCCUUAAAAAGACUUAGUAGGAAUAGCGGUGUGUGUUUUGUUCAUGGAUCACCCUAAUAUACAUCUGUUCCAACAUAAUAUGCUUCUACAAACACAUCUGUAUUAAUUUAGCAUACAUAUAUUUCUAUAAGCACAUCUGUGACGGUCUCAAAUUACCGAGUUUAGGAGGAUUUCCUUGCAAAAGUAAUGAACAUACAUACCUUAUU